UUAUCUUUAGAACCUAACCUGGGGAUCAUGUCUCUGCCUUCUCUUUUCCUCUUCAAGCCAUUUGACUUGUCUCUUCCCAUCAUUCUUCUCGUCGUGGUCGGGACGUUUGCACCUUCCAUUGGUGCACAGGGUCCACCUUCGCCUGGCUACUAUCCAAGCUCAAGGUUUGGCUCCAUAGGGUUUGAUCGAGGGUUUAGGAACCUGUGGGGCCCUCGGCACCAAAGGCUAGACCAGGGCUUGUUGACUAUCUGGCUCGACACUAGCUCAGGAAGUGGGUUCAAGUCUCUUCACCCAUAUCAAUCUGGUUAUUUCAGUGCAUCCAUCAAGCUACAACCUGGUUAUACUGCUGGAGUUAUUACCUCUUUCUACCUCUCCAACAAUGAAGCCCGCCCAGGCAACCAUGACGAGAUCGACGUCGAGUUUCUGGGAACGACACCAGACAAGCCUUACACUCUUCAGACCAAUGUCUUCGUCAGAGGAAGUGGGGAUGGAAACAUCAUCGGAAGAGAGAUGAGGUUCCACCUCUGGUUCGACCCCACCAAUGACUUCCACGACUAUGCCAUUCUGUGGACACCUAACGAGAUCAUAUUUCUGGUGGACGAUGUACCUAUCAGGAGGUACCCGAGGAAGAGCGACGCGACAUUUCCCUUAAGGCCGAUGUGGGUGUACGGAUCGAUAUGGGACGCGUCUUCUUGGGCCACCGAGAACGGCAAGUACAAAGCGGACUACCGGUACGAGCCGUUCGUGGGCAAGUACGCCAACUUCAGGCUGAGCGGGUGCGCCGCCGACGGCUCCGCCCGCUCGUGCGACCCGCCCUCCGUCUCGCCAUCGGGAGCCGGCGGCCUGAGCCGGCAGCAGUACUUGGCGAUGGGGUGGGUGCAGAGGAACCACAUGGUGUACGACUACUGCGCGGACCCCAAAAGAGACCACACGCUCACGCCCGAGUGCUGAAAAGGAGCUCCGGAAUUUUGGACUUGGAGGUUGGUGAGAUGGGUCCAAACUUCGGCCCGACAAAGAUUGGGGUUGAGCGUCCAUGCCUUCA